AUGGCAAACGGAUCGAACCAUGACACAGAGACGAAGGUGCUGCGCAAAUUCGGAAUAAACGAGGCGUACCAACUGGCCAUGUAUCUACUGGACCAAUAUCGUGGCACUGUCCUCUCUUGUCGCUAUGCAAUCCCGUCACGUCUUGCGCCGGCAGAUUCACGGGCCGAACUGGAGGAGGUAGUCAAGGUCGCUGUCGUGGAUACCGUUAUGAGACAUCCGAUGCUGCAAGUCGGCAUGGUGAAUGCAACUUCCAAGACUCCCUCGUGGAUUCAGCUGCAGAAUCUCGACUUAACGCAACAUAUAAAAUGGCUUUACAUCAGAGAGCACGACGAUUUUGAACAAACAGUCCAGGAAACCUUUCGCACUCACCUCGACGAAUACUUUCCAGACCUUUCUAUUAAACAGCCGGGCUGGAAAAUUACCAUCAUUCGGCAAGGGGAUGCUCCUACUAUGGAGGUCCUACUCACUUGGAAUCAUCCCCAAUUCGACGGUGCAGGUGCCAAGGUGUUCCACGAAGACUUCCUCGAGAUGCUCAAUAAUGCUAAGAAUGGAGUAUCCGAGCGGACGGGCUUGGAUGGCGAUAUCCUGACACUGCCUCAAGAGCCGCCCUUGCUUCCACUGCCAAUCGAGAGCUUAAAGAGUCUUCCAGUAGAUCUCACAUACCUCGCCAAAAUGUUUUGGGAGGAAAUUCGGCCCCAGUUUCUUAAUUGGGACGUAUCCCAAGCAGCCUGGUGUCCGAUUCGCACCUCUCCAUACAAGACCCAGUUCCGAGCUUUUUUUAUAGAUAAAGCAGCUCUACGUGCGAUCCUAGGUCUCUGUCGACAGAACAAGACUACUAUCACCGGCCUGAUAAACGGGUUAGCGCUUCUUGCCUUCUCAUCGCGCCUUGACAGCACGGUCGCCCCGGCCUUUCAAUGUGCUACUAUUAUGGAUCAUCGGCGGAAUCUGCCACCCGCCCCGCCAGACGCUCCGUGGGCUCGCUCUGACAGAGUAGUGAGCAACUACGUGACUCAAGUGUUCCAUAAAUUUGACGCCAAACUGGUCGCGCAGAUUCGGUCCAAGCUACCGGCCGAUACGAGCGAGGACAGAGAUCUGUCCUCUGACCUUCAACACGAGCUCUGGGCCGCAUCGGCACAGAAUAGGCUGGAGAUAGUACAUAAGCUGGAAGCCGGGCUACAAAACGAUCUCAUCGGGGUCUUUAAGUAUGUGACGGACUGGCAGCAGACGAUGAGCAGCAUGGCGAAGAAAAAGCGCCAGUUCUCGUGGCUGGUGACCAAUGUCGGUGUGCUGGACGGCAACACGUCAAGAAGACUGAGCACCACCGGCGGCGACACCAAAUCCGACGACGACCAGAGGUGGUCGAUCGAUCGAGCACAGUUUGGCCUUAGCGCUGAGAUACCUGCUGCCGCUAUCGAGUUUGCCCCCAUCAGCGUCGCUGGCCGAGGAAUGUGUGUCAGCGCCAACUGGCCGGACUGUGCUGUUGAUAAGAUGUUUGGAGAGCGCAUCAUGGCUGAUCUAGAAAGAUGGCUGACGCAAUUGGCGAGCCAGUCAUGACGUGCCUGCUAUGAAGUACCUGCCGCUUGUAUAUAUACACAAGGAAAGCUAUGUUUCACCUCAGUUUUUCCUGGCCUCUAAAUGUGAUUAUAAAUGCGCGUUGCCGAUCAUAUCGGCCAGUCGGCUAGAUUACAUGUCUCCUUUUCGAUCUCAAUUUCUAGGUAAGUAUCGUUUUAACAACGGGGCGACAAAAGAAAAAGUUGGACGGUUC